AUGGCGACUCUCCUUCCCCCACCCAAGCGGCAGAAGGUGUACCACGGCGUACCAGAACCAGAACCAGAACCCGUUCAGCCUGCACCAAAUGUCGUUGUGCAAUUCGUCUCCGAAGAUGAUGGCAAGCCUUUAGCUCCUGCCGUGAAUUUGCCUGCCAACAUUCCACGGGAUGCCUUGGAAUCUCUGGUGAACAAACUAAGUACAACGGACGAUGAUCCGGUGCCGUUCUCGUUUUCUAUAGCUGUACCCGGGGACACAUCCAACAAUGGCGCCCCUACCCGGAUCGUCAUCUCCAACUCUAUUGAAAAAGAUGUACUAUCACAUCCUACCCAUGACUUCUCGCCUGAAGAUAUAUUCGUGAUACAAUGCUCCCCACAAGCCGUAUUCAAGGUGCGGCCCGCAACGCGGUGCUCUUCGACUCUGAGCGGACACUCCUCGCCUAUACUCUGCGCAUCUUUCUCGCCAACUGGUAAUUUGCUUGCGACCGGAUCCGGCGACUGUAAUGCACGACUGUGGGACUUGUUCACGGAAACACCUAGCCAUGUACUGUCAGGGCACAAGGGCUGGGUGCUAUGCGUUGAAUGGGACGGCAUGGAGAGGAAGCUUGCGACCGGCGGACAUGAUGGCCAUGUACGACUAUGGGAUCCCAAGAGCGGCAAGCCGAUAGGUGACGCCAUGAGGGGCCACACGAAAUGGGUCACAUCCAUUGCAUGGGAACCGAUACAUAUCAAUGCCGCAGCACCUCGCCUGGCUUCCUCCUCUAAGGAUGGCUCGGUCCGCGUAUGGUUAGCAUCGACAACGCGACAGCUUGAAUACACGCUUGGAGGGCAUUCAGCCAGUGUAAACGUUGUGCGAUGGGGUGGAGGCGGCGUAGGAGGUAAAGGUGUUCUUUAUACCGCCUCUAGCGAUCGCACUGUCCGCGUGUGGGAUGCCAAUGGUGGAAAGCCGAUCUAUACCCUGAAAGAUCAUGCGCACUGGGUGACCACAUUGGCCCUCAACACCGAUUUCGUUCUUCGAACUGGACCUUACGACCACACGGGCAAGAAACCGAAGUCAGAUCAAGAAGCGCAAUCCCUCUCCAAAGCACGAUAUGACGCGCUCGCCACCUCCGUACCCGAACUUCUCAUCUCCGGCUCGGACGAUCAGACGCUCUAUUUGUGGUCCUUGUUCCCCGCCUCGGGCGAUGCGGGGAAACCAAAGCCUGUUGCGCGUCUGACCGGACAUCAAAAACAGCUGUCGCACGUCGCCUUUUCCCCAGACGGACGCUUCGCGGCCUCCGCUGCGUUUGAUAAUAGCGUGCGGAUUUGGGAGGGACGGACGGGCAAGUUUGUAGCCACGUUGCGAGGUCAUGUCGGUGCAGUUUACCGCCUAGCCUGGAGCGCCGACUCGAGACUGCUCGUUAGCGCGAGCAAGGACAGCACACUCAAGAUCUGGGAUUUGAAGACAUACAAGUUAAAAACGGACCUUCCCGGUCACACGGACGAAGUGUACUGCGUGGACUUCGUAGCUGAUAAGGUCGUGAGCGGUGGCCGCGACCGGAAAGUGAAGAUAUGGAAGAACUAGAGACUGCGUUAGGCAUAGUUUGGUUACUGUCGCAAUAGCUCUCGCCAUAAACUACUCUCUUGGUCUUCGUCAGUCCGCGUGUUGCUCACAGUCGGCGAAAUAAGAACGAGCAUCGGAGCUGAAGGAGUCUGGUUGAACCGAUAUCUGUAACCUGCCGAGUGGAGUAUCACCGCCGUCGUAGAGCUUGGCCUGACCUUACUCUAUAUAUCG